UUUUCUGUAGUUACGAAAAGAAGGGAAAAAAAAAAUAUUUCUCCCCCCUCCCUUCAAAGCAAAAAAAGACAAAGUGACGGCACCUACCUUUUUGGAUCAACUCAGUCGGGAUAUGAUUUCCACAAAAAAAAAGUUACAUUUCUUUUUCUCUCUGUUGAUAAAUCAUCUACUUUUAUAUACCAUGUCCAUUGUUACAGUUAUUGUUACCACUUCUGAAAAUAUAAGUGCUGAAAGACGUCUUGAAAAAGGUUGGACUAUUUUGGAUCUGAAGGGUAAACUCGAACCUAUCACUGGUACACCUAGUAAUACACAAAAGCUUGACCUUUAUCAAGGUGAUAUCCAUAUUGCGUCUUUAGUAGAUGAUAAUGCUUUAGUGGGUGCUUAUCCUUUUGAAAACUUUAUGCGACUUCACGUGACUGAUACCAAUCCUCAUAGGGUCAAGAACCAAUAUACUGAUGUCUCGUUAGUAGAAAAAUUUGAAUUAUCCGAAGAAGACUAUCGUAAUCGAUCUGAUACUGUUCGAGCAUUCAAGGAACGUAAUAAACUGGGAAGAUUUUCAGCAGAAGCACAAGAACAACAGGCACAAUUUGAACGCGACAAUGAAGAAGCAGCAAGUAAGAUCAAAGUGGGUGAUCGAUGCCUUGUCAACUUGGGCGAUAAUAUGGACGAUGAUACAUUGGGACGACGUGGUACAGUGCGAUUCUUGGGUCCUACAGAAUUCCAAUCGGGUACUUGGGUUGGCAUUCAAUAUGAUGAACCAUUGGGUAAAAAUGAUGGUAGUGUCAAAGGUGUACGGUAUUUCUCUUGUCCUCCAAAAUAUGGUACUUUUGUUCGUCCUAUCAAGGUGACUGUGGGUGAUUUUCCUGAAGAAGAAUUAUUACUGACCGAUGACGAAUUGGAAGAAAUGUAGUGAUGGUUUUUUGAAUAUACUUGUAGAUAUAAAAAUAGGAUUGUUUAUAGUCUUAUCACAUAAUAACUUUUUGUCUAGUUUUGGAUUAUUGGUACUACCAUUCAACCCCUUCCACAAAAUAAAAAUCUGUCUUUUACUCCCUGCAAAGAAAAAA